AUUUUCUACAACACAAACAAUCACUAGUAAGAGCAAGGCUACUUUCUUUUAAUCAUCAUAAAGUACUCUUCGGAAGAUACAGAGAUCAAGCGCAUAUUCUCGAGACAACAUCGCUAGGACAGUUUCAAGCCAAGCACCACCGCAAAACCAUGGAUAGUUCUUCUGACCCAAACCAAAACUUCAUCAAAAGAAGCAAAUCCUGUCCAUGUCUUGCUCCCAUCUCGAAUGACCCCUUAAGGCACACUCUUCUCGAACAGGCAGAUACCGCGGGAGAUUCUGACAUGGAUAGCGGCUGUGGUAUUGAUCCAAUUUCGGAAAAGAGCCCAAAAGGCCGCAAAGGAUCUGACAGCCGCGAUCAGUCAUCGUCAUUGUCUCGUGGUAGCACGGAAGAGGCACUCGACAUGGCUUUGGAUAAUACUAUCAAUAAGGACGAUCCAGCGGCACCUCACCCCAGUUCUUCAUCCAACUCUACAGAAAGUAAAACUCCAUUUACUGUUGGUGCCGUGAGUCACAAGGUAACUUCAGAGAGUGACCAUGCCCAAGGUCAAGAUCAUCCUAUCUCCUCUCCGAUCGAAGCUUUGGACAGCAAGGCAGAACCACCAAAGAUUACAGGGCAAUCAAUCUCGAAUUCCCAAGUUGAUCAGUUGAAAUCGAAUAAUGCUCUAAUCACAGAGAAUAUAGGAAGUCAAGAUGGUCAGUCAGACCUUGGGGACAGUCCUGAUUCCCCAAUACCAGAGCCCAUUGACGAUGAAGUAUGUCGUUCUGUUGAGGACAAAGGGUCUCCCUUCGAGUAUCAGGAGCCAGCAAUUGAAGACGCAUUUGCUUUUUACGUACACGAAGAUUAUUACGGCCAAUAUCCAACUGCCAGUGCCCGCACAUCCCCCAACUCUAUUAUCACAGCAUGCGCAGCUGACCGCCUAUUCGCUAUCGACUACACAGUCUACCGUACCGAUUAGAACUCGACGUUCCAAUGGUGUCCAUCACAAAGCUUCUUUAGCAUGUCGCUUGAAGAUAUUCUAGAAGAGACACAUUUCGAAAAACAUAGCGGUGUAGCUAUCUCCCUCGAGUGUACUGUUGGAGGAGAAGAUUUGGCAUAUCGACGGACAGCUCGUACUGAGCAGAGAUUUGAUGUGCUAAAGCAGAGAUUCAGAAGACUUAUUGAGGAAUUGACAAAUAAAACUCUACGCAAUGGGGAUGGAGAUCCGACUUUCGAGAUGAUUAUUGAAAGCCUUGGUCCAAGGCGUUGGGCCACUUAGGUUGAUGUGUGAUCAUCGGUCUUCAGUCCCAGGUUCUCGAGAGCUGGGGUUUAGAGACGGCUAUGAGUAUUAAAGUUAAAGCGUGGUUUGACAU